UCUCAUUAUUAUUCAUUCUUCUCUUUCUCUCUCAUUUCAAAGCAUUAUCACACACAUACAAACUUUAAGCCAGAGAGAGUUUAAAUAAGAAAAUCUCUUCAUUUGAUUUGAUCUACAUUCCAAUUUUAGCUUGCUGGUCACGUUCAAGAUAUCAUUGGUGGAGAUAAUUUGGAUUACUACACCGAAAAAAAGACAAUUGUAAAUAAAUCUUCUUAAAUUAAAGUGUUUUUGACUCUUUGUUACACCUGCACGCCCUUUAACAAGUAAUUAAGGAAUAAAGAAAGAGUGGGAAAAUGGGAGAGAAAUGGGAAUUCCAAGUAGGAGUGGUAGGAGCAUUGUUUCUAUCAGUGGCAUCAUCAGUUUCUAUUGUUAUUUGCAACAAAGCCUUGAUGAGUAAUCUUGGCUUCCACUUUGCGACAACACUCACAAGUUGGCACUUGAUGGUAACAUAUUGUACCCUUCAUUUGGCACAACGCCUCAAUUUUUUCGAGACAAAAUCAGUGGACAUGAAGACUGUAGUCAUGUUUGGCAUCCUGAAUGGAGUUUCCAUUGGACUUCUUAACUUGAGCCUUGGAUUCAACUCCAUUGGAUUCUACCAAAUGACGAAGCUUGCCAUCAUACCUUUUACUGUCCUCUUGGAAACUAUUUUCCUUAACAAACAUUUCAGUCGAAAGAUAAAGUUUUCUCUGUUCGUCUUGCUGGUGGGAGUCGGGAUUGCUUCUAUAACCGACCUGCAGCUCAAUUUUGUUGGCACAGUUCUUUCUGCUCUAGCCAUAAUCACAACGUGUGUUGGUCAGAUUCUGACUAACACCAUACAGAAAAGACUUAAUGUUUCGUCGACACAACUGCUAUAUCAAUCAGCACCAUUCCAAGCAGCUGUCCUAUUCGUCUUUGGUCCUAUGGUUGAUAAGUUCCUCACCAAGCAAAGUGUCUUUGCCUUCAAGUACUCUCCUCUUGUCGUGGGAUUCAUUGUGUUAUCAUGCCUAAUCGCGGUGUCAGUGAACUUCAGCACAUUCUUGGUGAUAGGAAAGACAUCACCAGUAACAUACCAAGUAUUAGGACAUCUGAAGACAUGCUUAGUACUUGGAUUUGGUUAUACAUUAUUACAUGAUCCAUUUACAGAGAGAAAUAUAAUUGGAAUAACAAUAGCUGUAUUUGGGAUGGGACUCUACUCAUAUUUUUGUACCAAUGAGAGUAAAAAGAAAGUUCCUGUUGGAGAUUUAUCUACAGCUUCACAGAUAAAAGAUAAAGAAAACUUGCCAUUAUCAACAAUGAAGAAUGUGGGCGUACAAGAUAAUGAAGGCCAUGAAAAGGUCAAAGCAGCCAAGGAUUCUCUUGUCUAAUCAUCAACUUUUUCUUUUUUUUUAAUAACCUUUCUUAUUUUUUGAAUUUUACCUUUAUUUUUUAUUUUUUAAAAGGGGGUGGGGAGGAUUUUUGUAAGGGAUUGGUAUUAUACCAAUAUUCUUUAAGGUUCAUUUCAAUUAUAUUCUAAAACAGUAAAUUGAAGAUAAUACUCAUCUUUUUGCAUUAUGCUCCACAAAGCCACUUUUUACCAACAAUUUGAAAAGUGCCUUAAUACACAUGUUUUUAUAUUCUCCUA